AAGCUGCUGAUUCGGGCCUAGAUCUUCAAUCAAAACAGCUCUUUGUUCAUAGGCUACUACUCUGCUAAGCCACCUGUCUGCUUCAGGAUGCCCAGGUUUAGCAUAUAAGUAGUGUUUCUUCCGCAGCAGGGGAAGGGUAACAUUAGAAAGUGAAAGGAGAGGCAAUGUAAAUAAGAAAAAAGAUGGAAUUAAAAGUUCCUUGGUUGGUUUUUCUUUUCUAAUAACAUUUUCUAUUCUCCUCAAUGGCAUGUGGAAUAUAGAAUUCCCAGCUGGAAAUAUUUAUAAUUCUUGGUACAUAAAGUAUAAGUUAUCUGGGUACUGCAGAACACCAGAGAGACAGAGAAGAAAUUUAUAAAACUUGCCUGAGCAUAUGUAUCCAUUUAUAAAAGUAAUAAAGAUGGGUUACUGCAGUUGGUUGAACAGCUUCAUCCAGACAGUAGUAAUGAAUGGAACAGCAUCAGACUGGAAAGAGAUGUGUCAGUUUCAUUCCUGCUGAGGCAGUCAGAACAGAUGAGUUUGUGGAUGCACUUAGAUGUUUGCAAUGAGCACUGUGGCUGGCAUGCCCCAGUGUUUUGGAUACCCAUGCAUAGAAAUCCAUAGUAAACGAAUUUAUCAGAAACGAACGUCAUGAGCAUAGUGGUCCCGUUGGGGGUUGAUACAGCAGAAACAUCUUAUUUGGAAAUGGCUGCAGGCUCAGAACCUGAAUCUGUAGAAGCUAGCCCUGUGGUAGUUGAGAAGUCAAACAGUUAUCCACACCAACUAUAUAAUAGCAGCUCUCAUCAUUCACACAGUUACAUUGGUUUGCCUUAUGCGGACCAUAAUUAUGGCGCUCGUCCUCCUCCAACACCCCCAGCCUCGCCGCCUCCUUCAGUUCUUAUAAGCAAGAAUGAAGUAGGUAUAUACACUGCUCCAAAUUUUGAUGAGACAUCCAGUGCUACUACUAUCAGCACAUCUGAGGAUGGAAGCUAUGGAACUGAUAUAACUCGGUGCAUUUGUGGAUUCACCCACGAUGAUGGCUAUAUGAUCUGUUGUGACAAAUGCAGUGUUUGGCAGCACAUUGAUUGCAUGGGGAUUGACAGGCAGCAUAUUCCUGAUACAUACCUUUGUGAGCGUUGUCAGCCUAGGAGCUUAGAUAAAGAAAGAGCAGUGUUGCUCCAGCGUAGAAAAAGAGAAAAUAUGUCAGAUGGGGAUACCAGUGCAACAGAAAGUGGUGAUGAAGUUCCUGUAGAAUUAUAUACUGCUUUUCAACAUACACCGACUACAAUUACGCUAACUGCUACACGAGUUACAAAGGUCACAGAUAAGAAAAGGAAAAAAAGUGGAGAGAAAGAGCAAAACAUCACAAAAUGUAAAAAAGCUUUUCGUGAAGGUUCUAGAAAAUCUUCAAGAGUUAAGGGCUCAGCUCCAGCGAUUGAUCCUUCUGAUAUUUCAAACUUUGGGUGGGAAACUAAAAUCAAGGCCUGGAUGGAUCGAUAUGAAGAAGCAAACAACAAUCAAUACAGUGAAGGUGUUCAGAGAGAGGCACAAAGAAUAGUUUUGAGGUUAGGAAAUGGAGAUGAAAAAAAAGAAGUCACCAGCAACUCAAUCUUCAAACCUCCAGUAGAGAGCUAUAUUCAAAAAAAUAAGAAAAUCCUAAAAGCUGCCAAAGACUUGCCUCCAGAUGCACUUAUUAUUGAAUAUCGUGGAAAAUUCAUGCUGAGGGAACAAUUUGAAGCAAAUGGAUAUUUCUUUAAGAGGCCAUAUCCCUUUGUUCUGUUCUAUUCUAAAUUUCAUGGGCUAGAAAUGUGUGUGGAUGCAAGAACCUUUGGGAAUGAAGCACGAUUUAUCAGACGUUCUUGUACACCUAAUGCUGAGGUUAGACAUGCCAUUGAAGAUGGAACGAUUCACCUCUAUAUAUACUCCACCCAAGACAUUCCAAAAGGAACAGAAAUAACAAUAGCAUUUGAUUUUGAUUAUGGAAAUUGCAAAUACAAAGUGGACUGCGCUUGUCUCAAAGAAAAUCCUGAAUGUCCAGUGUUGAAGCGUCCCUCUGAGCCUACUGAAAAUAUAAAUACAGGAUAUGAAACCAGAAGAAAAAAGGGGAAAAAGGAGAAGGAAACUCAAAACCAGAACAUCACAUUGGAUUGUGAAGGAGCAGCAAGCAAAACCAAGUUUCCAGAUAACCGACAGAGAAAACUUUCUCCCCUUCGGUUGUCCAUCUCAAAUAAUCAGGAGCCAGAUUUUAUUGAUGAUAUAGAAGAAAAAACUCCUAUUAGCAAUGAAGUAGAAAUGGAAUCAGAGGAGCAGAUUGCAGAAAGGAAAAGGAAGAUGACCAGAGAAGAACGGAAAAUGGAAGCCAUCCUUCAAGCUUUUGCCAGGUUAGAAAAAAGAGAAAAAAGAAGAGAACAAGCUUUGGAAAGAAUCAGUACAGCUAAAACAGAAAUAAAAUCAGAAUGCAGGGAUACGCAGAUCAUCAAUGACACGGAAUUUGUUCAGGAACCAGCAAAAGAGGAAACUGCCACUAAGCCAACCCCUGCCAAAGUCAAUAGGACAAAACAGAGAAAAAGCUUUUCCCGGAACAGAACGCACAUUGGACAGCAGCGACGAAGGCACAGAACCGUUAGCAUGUGUUCAGAUAUCCAGCCAUCCUCUCCUGAUGUGGAAGUUAUUUCACAGCACAAUGAACCUGAAAACGCCGUGCUUUCAGCUGAACCUGAAGCAGAGACACCAGUUGCUGAAAUAGUUCCUGAACCUGAAGCCCCAGCACUUAAUAAAUGCCCCACUAAAUACCCUAAAACAAAAAAGCACUUGGUGAGUGAGUGGUUAAGUGAGAAGAACGAGAAGCCAGGAAAACCGGUAGAAAGCCUCUCAGAGCAGCCCUUGCGCAUAACAACUGACCCAGAGGUCUUGGCUACCCAGCUGAAUUCUUUACCAGGGCUCACCUUCAGCCCACACGUAUACACCACUCCUAAGCACUAUAUCCGUUUCACAUCACCAUUCCUUUCUGAAAAACGGCGGAGAAAAGAACCGAUGGAAAGCAUUCUUGGCUCCUGUAAGAAGCGUUGGUUAAAGCAAGCUCUGGAAGAAGAAAACUCGGUUGUCGGUUUUUUUAUUUCCUCGCCUCAUGAAAGAUCUGGAAGUCCUGCAGUCAACGGUGAAAGUAGAAGUCCCUUAUUGCUGACUGACAGCUGCUGCUUGCCAGACCUCACAACACCACUAAAGAAGCGAAGGCUCUAUCAGCUGUUGGAGUCUGCCUAUUCAGAAACCUCAACUCCGACUCCUUCUCCAUACGCCACGCCAACCCAUGCUGAUCUCUCUGCCUCAGACCCAUUAUUGCUUGCUACUCCUCCUAGAAUAAAAGCAGAAGAUGAAACCUGUAGGAAUGGUUAUAAGCCUAUUUAUUCAGCUGUUACUUCGGUGAUUCCGUGCGUACAUGGAAACGCAGUGCACUUUGAGAAUAUUUCUUCACCUGAAAGUUCCCCAGAAGUUAAGAGGCGAACAUUUAAUCAAGAGGGAUACGAACAGUCGUCCUCAUCAAUGCUAGCACUCAAUCCUUUCAGAAAUUCCAGUCUUACAGAAAUGUGCCUGCAGGAGAUAAAGACAAUUGGGUAUUCUAGCCCACGGAGUCGGACCGAUGGCCCCCGGCAGUGCUCGGGAGAAAAGGAAACAGCCUCAGAGCUCCAGCUGGGACUUGAAGCAAUUGAGCAAAGCGCACCGCAUAAAACACUGGACACUCCCUGCCACCACAGGACUGAUGCAAACAGCCAACUGGAAACUGCUCAUUGUGGACGGGGAACGGUUUAUCCAACCUGGAUAAAAAGUCCCGACAGGACAGGUGUAAAUUUCUCUAUGAAUUCUAAUUUGAGGGACUUAACUCCUUCACACCAGUUAGAAGUAGGAGGUGGAUUCCGAAUAAAUGAGUCAAAGUGCCUGAUUCCAGAUGAUGCUAGAGGCAUGUUUGUGGAAACCCCAGUUUUUUGUACUUCUGAAGAUGGACUCACAGCUAGCUUUGGAAGGACUGCCAAUAAUGACAACAUGAUGGACGGAAAUUGCACACCCCAGAAUCCUCCACAAAAGAAAAAGGUGUCACUUCUAGAAUACCGUAAGAGGCAGCGAGAAGCCAGAAAAAGUGGCUCUAAGGCAGAGAGUUUUUCUCUUCUGAGCAUAUCCCCUCAUGCUGCUGGGGGAGGAAACAACAGUGCUGCUGCUGAUGGCUAUAACAGUAGUGAAAAUGGGGAGCAACUGGAGAGGGAACACACCGCUAGCCUCCCCUUGUCUUUGCCAGCCACUGAUUAUAGUGCCAUUUCUGAAGAAACUGAAAACUCUUCUUCCUUGAAAGAUGGUUCGGGUGAAAAGAGCGAUCCAGAGGUUCAGUGGACUGCUUCAACCUCAGUGGAGCAAGUGAGAGAACGAAGUUAUCAGCGAGCUUUGCUGCUUAGUGAUCACAGGAAAGACAAGGAUUCUGAAACUGAUGCUGAAAAUCCUGAGCCUACAAGUGAAUGUCCAUCCCCAGAUACACCUCUGAAGACGUGCAAGAGUCCUCUAAAACUGAGCAAGACUUCUUCACCAAAUCCUGUAAUUCCUGUUCAAUCACUUGGAAAAACACCCACAAAACAGGAUUCCCAGUGGGAGAGUGCAGGAGACACUCCAGGGCCUGAGAACACAACUCACCCCAAACCAGACCAGCAACAGAAACCGCUUUCCAACAAUGUUGAAGCACUUUCAAAAACCCAUCAGGCCCAGCCCCACCUGCGCAGCACAGCUGAUCAGCUCUCACAGAAGCUGCCUUCUGCACCACUGAAGCUACCUUGCCCCACUUCACCUCAUGUAGAAAAUCCUCCAAAGUCAUCUACCCCACUCACCCCUGUACAGCAUGGCUACCUGUCACCAAAGCCUCAUUCUCAGCAAUUAGGAUCACCAUACAGACCUCAUCAUCCUCAGUCUCCUCAAGUGGGAACACCUCAGAGAGACUCUCACAGAAGUUUUUAUGCUGCCACCCAAAACCUUCAGCCUAGUGCCCAGCAGCAGAGCACUGGAACAUUGUUUUCCCAGACGUCUUCAGUAUCUUACAAUCAGUUUCACCAACAAAAUUUGAACACGGCCGCCCCGCCUCCCCCUCCCCCUCCCCCCCCUUCCUCAACGUACUAUCAAAACCAGCAACCCCCCUCAGGAAACUUUCAGAAUUACAAUCAGUUAAAAAGUAGCAUCCCACCCCAACAAACUGUAUUUCCCUCUGGACCAAAUCAGGCCCUUGCUGGCACUACAUGUCAGCAGCCAGUUUCAGGGCACCAUGUAAACAGCGGGCAUUUUUUGCCAUCUCAAAACCCCAGUAUUCACCAUCAGACUCCCGUAGUUGGUGCGCCCCCGCCCCCGCCCCCACCCGCUGCUCCAGCACCACACCUCGUGCAGCAGCAGAGUACGCACCAGCAGCAUGCAGUGGCCCACGGGGUCAGUCCAGUGCACGCAGUUGCUGUGGCUGCCAGUUCACACAUCCAUUCUCAAGCUGCCAGUCAUCACCUGCCGCCGCCGCCACCGCCUCCUGGUCCCCUUCCUCACCACCUUCCUACUCAUCCCACAACAGGUCAUCAAGGUUUGCAAGCACAACACCAGCACGUAGUAAGUUCAGCGCCACCCCCGCCACCCCCACCGCCACCCUCCAGCGUGUUAAGCUCCAGUCAUCACACAGCAUCGGCACAAGGAUUGCAUCAUCCACCUCAUCAAGGGCCCUCCCUUUUUCCUUCGAGUGCUCAUUCAGCGGGGUCGACUUACCCAUCACAGCCUCCGCAUCACACACCUUUGGGAUCCGGACCUCAGCAUCAGCCGACUGGAACGGGACCUCACUGUCCACUCCCAGGCCAGGGUUCUCAUAUCCAGCCUCAAGGACCAACCAGUAUUCCAACCCCUACAGCUUCAGGGUUCUGUCCUCAUCCUGGCUCUGUUUCCCUUCCUCACGGUGUGCAAGGACCUCAGCAGGCAUCUCCGGUGCCUGGGCAAAUACCUAUUCACAGAGCACAGGUGCCGCCAACGUUUCAAAACAAUUAUCAUGGUUCAGGGUGGCAUUAAAAUGGACCCCUUGCUUCUAAACAUUUUAAAAAUGUUCUGUAAAAACUGUAUAUUUCAUAUGUACCUGUUCAAGGUACUUUUUAAAGCUUGUACAUUAUACUUUGUAUAAAAGCAAA